AUGGAGAUGCUUUUCACCAACAUCAGCUCUACCUCCGGUGUGGUGCCCGCCCGUCCGCUUCUCCCCUCACAUCGGUCCAACUGCAGCACCUGGGAUCAGCAGUGGGGGGCGCCCCACCUGCACAGGUUAGCCCAUCUGGACGUGCAGCUGUACCGGGACUUCUAUGCUGUCUGGCUCUCUCUAAUGGUGUGCAACAGCCUGAUGCUGGUGGCCGGUGUGGUCCUGAACGGUCUGGCUCUCUACGUGUUCUGCGGGGCCUCCCCCCACUCGUCGGCCUCUGUGGUCUACACCAUAAACCUGGCCGUGGCCGACCUGUUGGUGGCUCUGUCCCUGCCCGCUCGCAUCGCCCUCUACCACAGCCAGGGCCGCUGCCUGGCCUGCUCCUACGUCCACACCUUCAGCUACUUCGUCAACAUGUACUGCAGCAUCCUCUUUCUGACCAGUAUCUGUGUAGACCGGUACCUGGCUGUCGUCCAGGCAACCAGCACUGUCCACCGAUGGAGAACUAAAGGAGCGGCCAGGUGCGUCAGUGCCAUCGUGUGGUUCACCGCAGUGGUGGUCACCUACUCUUUUCAGACCACGGCUCUGAACUUCAGCUCCUCUUGCGUGCUCCUCCCCGCCCACUUCUACCUGACCGUCCUGGAGUUCCUCCUGCCCCUGCUGACCGUGGUGGGCUUCACGCUGCGGCUCACCUGCUUCCUGUCCUCCGGUCAGGGCCUGAUGCCCCAGCAGAGCCGGGCCAGGCGGGCUCGGGCCGUCAGGCUGCUGACCACCGUGCUGGUGGUGUUCACCGUCUGCUUCACGCCGUUCCACCUCCGCCAGCUGCUGGUCUACUUCCAGGUCAGGGCGGCGGGCGGCGAGGGGCCCGGGCGGCGGGCGGGGCACGUGCUGGCCUACCACGUGACGGUCAGCCUGAGCAGCCUGAACAGCUGCCUGGACCCCGUGGUCUACUGCUUCGUGACGGACAGCUUCAAGAGGAUGUGGAGGAUGAGGAGAGGGAGAGGCAGGGAGGAGGAUGAGGAGGCCGGGAACACUAGAGACGGAGAGAGGAAUUCAGUCCAGAAGUGUCCGGGCGCCGUGCUGGCCAUCGCUCACAGCGUGGCCACGCUGACCCUCGCCAACGCGCCCCGACCAGCAGCCCACACUGACCAGCCUGCUCCAACCGGUCACCCCCUCUGA